UCAGUGAAACUCACAGCCAAAGGGAAAGGGGAGGGGGAGGUGAUCUGAGCUAGAAGGACCUGAGGAUGUGACUUUGUGUGGACACAGCCCACAAAGGGUAUUUAAAGGGCCAAGAUCCUCCAUGCCCCUUUCAACCUCCUGUCAGCAUCAUGGGCUCCUGGGUCUUCCCCACCUCGAUGCUCCUGCUCUGUCUGAUCCAGGGAAGCCAGCAAGGCGGCUUGGCCCCUCAGGGGAACGGCAUCCUGGGGUGGUUCUUUUCCUCAGCCCAUAUGAAAGAGGUUCCCCCAGGAGCAGGAGCAGAAGCUGGAGCUGCGGCUGGGAGCCCACCAGGAAAGGCAGGCUAUGGUACACUGCCAAAUGGCUAUGGAGCAGGGUCCUGGGUGGAGGUGGGGAGGAGGGAUACAGGAAUGGACUGAGAGCAGGAGCCUUCCCUAGAGCUGGAGCCCAGACAGGCCUCGGAGCGGGGAUGAAACCUCAGAAAGCAGCAUAUAGAAACGGAUUGGGUAAUGGAGCUUUCCCAGGAGCUGGAGCCCAGUCAGGCCUUGGAGCUGGAACCAAGCCUCAGAAACCAGGAUAUGGAAAUGGACUAGGAAAUGGCGUCUUCCCUGGGGUCGGAGCCCAGUCAGGAUACAGGAAUGGGCUGGGAGCUGGGGGCUUUCCGGGGGCUGAAGCCCAGCCAGGAUUUGGAGCUGGAACCAAGCCUCAGAAAGCAGGCUUUGGAACAGGGAUGGGAAUUCAGAGAGCAGGAAAUGGGAAUGGUCUACAAGCUGGGGCCUUCCCAGGAGCCAGGGCUCAGCCAGGUCCCUGUAAUGGGGGCUCCAUUCCAGCUCCCAAUGGAGUAGGGCCUGCAACAGGGAGUCCCUCAGAAAAAGGAGGAGUCAGGGCUCAGAAUGGCUAUGGAGCAGGUCUUGAAGAUGGAUUGAAGACUCAAAAAACAGGACUCAGAAAUGGGUUUGGAGCUGGAGCCUUCCCAGGGGCCGGGAUUCAGCCAGGUUAUGGUGCCAUGAAUGGCUAUGGAGCAGGUCUUAGAGGAGCCAAACCACAGAAAACAGGCUAUGGAAAUGGAUUAGGAGCAGGUGCUUUCCCAGAGUCUGGGCCACAGCCAGGGUUUGGGACCCCAAAUGGUUUUGGAGUAGGCCUAGGUGGUGUGAAGCCUCAAAAAGCAGUUUAUAGCAAUGGACUGGGAGCUGGAACCUUUCCUGAGGUCAGGGCCCAGCAAGCAGGUUUCCCUGGGGCUGAAAGUUAUCCAGCCAAUAACUACAGCAAUGGUGGGGCCAGCUCCUUUGGUCCUCAGGGAGUCCCCUUUCUCCCUGAAGGUUCAGACUCUGGGGCCAAGACUGCUAAGAAUGACUAUGGAAAUGGGGUAGGUGUAGGCUCCUACCCUGCAGAUGGAAGCCCACCAGGUGGGCCAGAUGUGAAACACAGCUUCAACAGCUUCCUGGGAAAUGGCUAUGGAGGUCACUGUCCUCCAGGGAAAUGUUGAGCCUAAAGGGAUCCCUCCGACUUCCCCAACGUGAAGAUCUUCAGGGGAGCUCGAAGCCUAAGACCUGGCCACCUUACUGCUGUCAGGCUUUUUGGAAAAAACCAGGCUCCUCGGGAGGGGAGUCUCCCCUCUGCCCCAUCAGGGUCCUUCUUUGGUCCUUUACCCCAGUCUUAUAAGGGGCCCCUCAUGGCAGAGAGGAGGAGGAGGAGA